UAUCAAGCCCAAUCUCGUUUGACCCACGUUCAAGCGUCUGUCGGCCGUCAUUCACCGAGCUCAGUCUCGGUUGCAUCAUUGAAGUCACCUCAUCUGACGCAAAUUCUAUCUUCUGAUUCUUCUUGUUCCACUUCGAGCAUCACGGUGGACUCGCCUCUCUUCAUUCUCCUCCUCGUGCUCUCUGCAGUUCCUGCAAGUCGUCACUUUUGUUACCUCCUUUAAGAGCGCCUUAUCCCCCCGCCACGAAACUACCUCCUUGGAGCAUCAUCAAUCGCGUUUUUGCACAGAGGUCAGGUAGGCUUUGCUAACAAAAGGAUCCCUGCUAUCUGCGUUCCGUCGUAUUAUUUUCUUCAACAACCGCUUCGCAAGUUCAUCACCAUGGUUCGAGGCUUCUCAAGCCUUCGACGGCCCCUGCUGGGUCUCGGCGCUGUCGCAACCGCUGGAGGUGCCGCUCUCUACGCCAACACCAGAAUAUCGCACACAACUGAGAAGCCGAUCGCGGAAGUCAAGCGCGACAGCAAUGGGCGCAUCAUCCCGCCUUCAUUCCCCGUCGUUCCAUCGCGCCUGCAGCAGCUGGCUGAAUUGCGGCGCCACAGCAAAGACAAUGAGAACCUCGACGAGUACGACCUCAUCGUCAUCGGCGCGGGCGCGACGGGCGCUGGAAUUGCGCUUGACGCCGUGACUCGAGGCCUCAAGGUGGCCGUUGUCGAUCGCGAUGACUUCGCGGCGGGCACCAGCUCCAAGAGCACCAAACUGGUCCACGGCGGCGUGCGCUAUCUCGAAAAGGCUGUCAUGAACUUGGACUACUCCCAGCUGCAGCUGGUCAUGGAGGCGCUGCACGAGCGCAAGACCUUCUUGACGAUUUCGCCUCACCUUUCCAACUCGCUUCCAAUUCUGCUGCCUCUCGACAACUGGCUGCAAGCUCCAUACAUGUGGAUCGGCACAAAGGCCUACGACCUGCUCGCUGGCUCACAGGGCCUUGAGGGCUCCUAUUUCAUGAGCAAAAGCAAGGCUAUUGCCAAUUUCCCUCUGCUGCGCCAGGACAACUUGGUCGGUGCCCUGGUCUACUACGAUGGCCAGCACAACGAUUCCCGAAUGAACGUUUCUCUCGCCAUGACUGCCCAACUGUACGGCGCUACCGUUCUGAACCAUGUUGAGGUCACGGGCUUGGAUAAAGACGCGAACGGGCGAAUUCGUGGCGCAACUGUCCGGGAUACCAUGCCCGACGGCGACAACAAGGAGUUUACCGUGAGGGCCAAGGGCGUCAUCAACGCUACCGGGCCCUUCACUGAUGCCAUUGAGCGCAUGGAUGACCCAUCGCGCAUGGAGCUCGUUGCUCCCGCCUCAGGCGCCCACGUCAUGUUCCCCGGCAGCGUGUGCCCGAACGGCAUGGGAUUGCUCGAGGCGCGAACUUCCGAUGGGCGAGUCGUCUUCGUGCUGCCAUGGCAAGGCUACACCGUUGCUGGUACGACGGACCAUCCUUGCCAAAUUGAACGGGAGCCGAUUGCGCCAAAGGAAGACGUGGACUUUAUUCUCAAAGAAGUCAACAAGCUUCUACGACCGGAUGCGAAGCUGAGCCAGUCCGACAUCCUGGCAACCUGGUCAGAAGGCAUCCGACCUCUGGUCCGAGAUCCCAAGGCCAAGAACACCGAGUCUUUGGUACGAAACCACCUUGUCACCGUCUCGCCUUCCGGUCUCCUGACCUGCGCCGGUGGCAAAUGGACCACCUACCGCCAGAUGGCCCAGGACGCGGUCGACGAGGCGAUCAAGACUUUUGGUCUUACGCCCUCUGUGGUCUCCCUACCCGACAUCAGCGGUGCCGGCCUCCCUGGUAUUCAGACAACGGGUCGCUGCAUCACCAAGAAGGUCCCUCUGAUUGGAGCCCACGGCUACUCGACGUCUUUGGCCUCUCAGCUGAUGGAGGUUCACCAUAUCGAUGCCGAUGUUGCCCACCACCUAGCACACAAUUACGGCGAUCGUGCUUGGGCUAUUCUGUCCGCUUCCAACGCCGCCACUCGCCUGAUCCCCUCGCUGCCCUUCAUUGAGGCCGAGAUUCGCCAUGGCGCUCGGUCCGAAGCCGCUUGCACCGCCGCCGAUCUCAUCUCCCGCCGCAUGCGCCUCGCCUUCCUGGACGUCGAGAACGCCCUGCGUGCGCUACCGCGUGUCAUUGAUGUCAUGGCCGAGGAGCUCAAGUGGUCAAACGAUCGAAAGCAAAAAGAAUGGAAGGAGACCAUCUCAUUCUUCAGGUCAAUGGGCUUGGAAGAGGCUAAGCAGAACAUUACGCGCAAAGAGGUCGAAGCACUACCUGCUCUGCCCAGCCGAAACCCUAGGGUUGCGACCACGGCCGAGCAGGAGGAGCUGGGCAAGGUUGAAGCCAACGGCGUGCUGGCUUAAGCUUGAGUGAGACGAGUCUGUUCUUGUACAUAUGGUGUUCAGGGAAAGGGUGUUUUGCUUUGUUUGCUUCGUCUUCGGAGUCUGAUACCUGGAGUUGGGAUCGGAAAGAAGGGUACAAGGGAUCUGCUAUGCAGGGUAGAAGCAGCGGUUGGAUUUUCAGACAAAGUACGGGCGUUAUAGACGGCUUCUCAUUGUUA